AUGGCACCAAAAUCUAAAAAACAACAACAACAACCAACAACAGCACCAACAGCAGCAGUAGCAGAAGAAAAAGAAUUAACAGUUGAUGAUGAGGUGAGCGAGGUGAAUCGUCAGUUGAUGAAAAUCAAAUUGCAAAAGAAACAAAAGCAAGAGGAGCAUGAAAGAGAGAUCAAAAGAAAACAACAAGAUGAGCAACAUGCUGGAAAUCAUCACGGUUCAUCGUCGUCGUCGUCCAAGGGUGGCGACCAUGUAGCACCGAUUAUCCAAGAUGGGUUGGUCAGUGGUGUCAAGCGAUCCAAGCCAUCGGCUCCCAUCCCAGCAUUCCAGUACUUUAGAGAGGAGAAUCCAAAGCGAGCCAAUGGAUGGUUACUCGAAAAAUGGAAAGAAAUGGAAGAAGGUGAAAAGCGUCCAUACUAUACCAAGGCAGAGGAAGACAAACAACGAUACAAACUCCAAAUGGAAGAGUAUGAAAAGAUCCAUGCCAAGGUGGUUCAUCACAAAGUACAAAAAAAGGACAAGAAAAAGUCAGCCAAAAAGAAUGAUGAUAGUGGAGGCAGUGGAUCAGAGGACACACCAUCUCAUCAAGACAAAGAGUCACAAGAAAGUGACGAGGACCAUCAACCAGGUAAACGACUCACCAAAAAGGGUAAGAAGAAACUUGCUGCCAAGUUGUCCACCUCUCCCAAACCAGCAUCUCACUUGUCCACCAAAAAGAAUCAAGUCAAUGACACUUCUGGUCAACUUUCACUAUUGUCUGCAUCUGUAAAGGCACUCUCUAAUCAAAAUAGAAAGUACAAUGAAGAGGAUGAUGAUGAUGAAGAUGAAGACGACGAUGAAGAUGAUGAAGAUGAAGACGACGAAGAUGACGACGAAGACGAAGAUGAUGAAGAAGGAGAGGAAGGUGAAGAGGUUGAUUAUGGAGUAUAUGAUGAUGAAGAAGAUGAAGGUUACGCAGAGAUGAAGAGAGGUUUCAAACAUCAAGCAGGAGGAAAUCAAAAGAAUAGAGAUCAUAAAUUAAGAUCUGGUAAGAGAUGGAAUUCUUAA